GGAAUAUCUCCAAAUAAAUACCAAUUUACGACAAAACUACGGCUACAAUAUCUUCAGAGCUAUUGAGUAGGGUUUAACAGUGUAUGUUGGGGUUUUAGAGACGAUGAUGAUGGCAACUCAACAUCGACUCCUCGAUUUCGUUAAAACUGUUCUUCUUAAAAUAUUCGUUUCCCCUUAUGCAACUGUUUGUGAAAUGUAUUGUGGAAAAGUAGCUGAUGUGGAGAAAUGGGAUGAAGCUCAAAUUGGUCACUACAUUGGCAUUGAUGUGGCAACAUCGGGGGUGAAUGAAGUGAAGGAAGCGUGGGAGAGUCAGCGGAAGGCUUACACAUCUGAGUUCAUUGAGCUUGACCCUUGUAUUGAAGAUAUAGGCUUCUAUUGGAAGGACAAGGAGAAACAGGCUGAUAUUGUUUUCUGCAUGCACAAUUUACAUGUGUGCUUUGAUAAUGAAGAGAAAGCAAGGAGGCUAUUGCAUAAUGUAUCAUCUUUGCUUAGACCAGGGGGUUACUUUCUUGGUAUUACUCCUGACUCAUCUACUAUAUGGGCAAAGUACCAGAAGAAUGUUGAAGCAUACCAUAAUAGGAGUGGUGGGAUGAAACCAAGCAUAGUUCCUAAUUGCAUUCGAUCAGAAAAUUACAUGAUUACUUUUGAGGUUGAGGAAGAGAAGUUUCCUUUCUUUGGCAAGAAGUACCAAUUGAAGUUUGCAAGUGAUGUCUCUGCUGAAACCCAAUGCUUGGUUCAUUUUCCAAGCCUGCUCAGGUUGGCCAGAGAGGCUGGCCUUGAGCCCACGGAGAUUCAGAACUUGACAGAUUUUUAUGAUGAUAACAGAGCACAAUUUCUUGGAAUGCUACAAGAUGCUGGUCACAACUUUAUUGAUCCCAGGGGCAGACUCCUUCCCAGAUCCUAUGAUGUUUUAGGUCUAUACACCACAUUCAUAUUUCAAAAGCCUGAUCCAGAUAUUGCACCUCCACUUACUACUCCAUUUUUGCCUGUUGGAAGCCACAAUCUUGAUGAGAUGGAAUGGCAAGUCAUUUUGUGGGAUGAAGAGGAGAAGAAUGGACAGACCGAUUCAUCUAUUGGGUUGGGCAAGAUAACUGAGCAAAAAGGGAUUUUAGGUCCUGGUCCUGCAGAAUUACGUUUCCCUGAAGCUAUUUGAUGUGAUUGUGGACACUGGAUGGUGGUUGGAAGGACAACGUGCAGAGGCAGAUCCAGGGUCCAUUUUUAAGAUUCUCAGCAUUGAUUUCAUUGUACUGUUAAAAUUAUAAGUUCAGUUCUAAGUUCUAAUAUUUGUUGAGAUUUUAGUAGGUGAACAUAUAUAUUUGUACUCCGUAUCAAAAGUUAUGGGUUCAGAUGAACCCGUAGCCAAAAGGCUACAUCCACCCCUGGGACAUGGCGGAAGUCGUGAGUUCUCACUCAUUUCAUCCCAAUUCAUUUUUGCUCUACCAGGGAUAGACAUAUUGGUUUGCUGAAUGGCAAGAUGUGUAUCAGUGUAUCAAUUUGUUGCAUCAUGGAUAGACAUUUUGGUUAGUGGAUAGGCUUGAUGUAUAUAGAUCCCUAUGGGAACUAGACCGUAUCAAUGUAAUUAACAAUUGAAGAUUCAUCUCCA